UACUGAAAUAAUGCAGAGGUCAGUUGGGUUAGCAGUAGAUUCUGGCAGGCCAGGUUAUGUAUCAGAUUUUGGACACAGUUUCCAGAAAACAGUCCAAGUACAUUGAAUUUCAAAAUUAAGUCAUAGUGUAACUUGAUUUCUACUGCUAAAAAUAGCAUGGGGCACUUGUAAGAAUUCCCUUAAUUUUAAUGAACCCCAGAAGAAUGGCUGUUCAUUGCCCCUGCAAAUGCUGCAAGGCAAGAAGUAGUAAAAUACUUUUUAAAUUGAUUUGAGAGCAUCCCACUCUUUAAACAACAAUGGCAGCUUCAGACAAGUAGAAAAAGGGAUGAUCUCACGGGUUUGUGUUUGACUUGGCCAUAAAUAGAAGUACCUGAUACUGAGUGAAGGCUUUUAGAUGUGGUAGAAAUAAUCAAUCUCUAAAGCUGAUGUGGCAGUACACAAGCUGACAGCUUGCUUAAAUAGAUGAAGUCAGUGCUGGUUUACAGGGUCAGUCAUAAAGAAUGAUUUUUUUUCCCUUUAAUGUUGUGUAGAGAAUUACAUACUUCAAAAGGAAAAGUUGGUUCCUCAGAAAAAAAUAUUUUUAUCCUGCCUUUUUGUCAUGUGUGUGAUUUUCUUCAGUGUUCUUUCUGCAUUCAGAAAGGGCAGCACUUGGAGUUGCAACUGAUAAGCUUGGCUACUGAAGUACCACUUAUGAUGGAUGAAGCUUUGGAUUAUCUAGAAAAAAGACAGAAACAAGAUCCUACAUUCACUUAUGAAGUGAUAGUGGUUAAUGAUGGUAGUAAAGAUCAAACUGCAAAGGUUGCAAAGGAGUACUGCAAGAAAUAUGGAAGUGACAAAGUGCGAGUGAUAUCUUUGGAAAAAAAUCGAGGGAAAGGGGGAGCAGUCAGGACGGGUGUCUUUAGUUCUCGGGGGAAAACGAUUCUUAUGGCUGAUGCAGAUGGAGCUACAAAAUUUGCAGAUAUUGAAAAAGUAGAAGAAGGUCUAAAGAAUCUCCGGCCAUGGCCUGAAGGGAUGGCUAUUUCCUGUGGUUCUAGAGCUCAUCUGGAGAAGGAUUCAAUAGCAAAGCGCUCUUACUUUCGAACUCUCCUCAUGUAUGGGUUCCACUUCCUGGUGUGGUUUCUCUGUGUCAAAGAGAUCCGGGACACACAGUGCGGAUUUAAACUUCUAACCAGAGAAGCUGCCUUGCAGACUUUCUCAAACCUUCACAUAGAACGCUGGGCGUUUGAUGUGGAACUUCUUUACAUAGCCCAGCGCUUGAAAAUACCUAUAGCAGAAGUUGCUGUCAACUGGACUGAAAUAGAAGGUUCUAAGUUAGUUCCCUUUUGGAGCUGGCUGCAGAUGGGCAGGGAUCUUCUUUUUAUACGACUGCGAUAUAUGACUGGUGCCUGGAAGCUUGAAGCAAAAAAAUGUAAUUAGGUUAUUUACAUUUUCCAAAUAUAUUAUUAUGCUUAAUGGAACACAAGAACAGUUUCAAUCAAGUGAAGUGGUGGUGAAAGCUGAGGUAAUUCUUCAUUAUUCCUCUGUAUGUUUCAUUUUUGCAGCAUAUAUGUGUUUUAUAAGAUUGUCAGCAGAGAAUUUCUACAUUUUGAAAAAAGAAAGCAUUUCCAAAAAGAUUUUCUUACGUGGUAAUCAGGUUUUUAUUUUAUUAAAUAGUAGCUUUAACAUUUCUUAUAAAUUCAGUCAAAUAAAUAUAUCUGCUUUUGUCUCAUCAUCCAUCUGCAAUCUCCUUAUACAUAUUAAAAAGAGGCACUCUGUUCGACAUUGUGCAAUGCUCUGUUGUGAAUGACCACAGCCAUUUGUUUCUGUUAUAUCUGGAAAUGUUAGGACAUAUUGCAACUUGGAAUUGUCAUUCAUGGUUCAGGCUGUUGCAUGCUUAGAUAUUCAAUGUUACAGGAAACAUUAAUGGAUUUUACUGAGUUAUAACAGUAAUGUUCACAGAGUUGUUCUCAGGACUUCCAGUAGUCCCUUGACAUUCCAAAUAUUUUUAUCUGAAGCUGAAAUAGUUUUCCUGAGAUCCAACUGCAGAUCUUUUCCAGACUGUAGAAGGUCCAAGAGAAAGCACAUUUAAUUUUAAAAUGUCUUUUAUAAAUGUGUUUUGCUCAUACAUACUUAGUAGUGCACGCUCAAGGCUAGGAGUCCUUGACAUCUACAGAUCUGUAGUGAAAAGGGUAUGGAAAGCUCAGUGCAUGCAAAAGUGAGACCCAGUGUACACUGGGGACCUGUGCAUUAGUAAUGCCAGUCUGAUGCUGUCGUGCUUCAAAUGAGAUCAGAGACGGAGGGAGGGUCUUGACUCUUUCAUGCUAAUGUCACACUGCAUUACAGUGCAGUAACAGUUUCAUUUGUGCUUUCCAAGUAGCUGUGAAUUGCCAACAACGUAAGCCAAUCUGUCUUCCUGAAAGUUGUACAAAUUUGAAGAGCUUUAAAGAAUGAACAGUGUUUGGAUGUACUUUCACAUGUGAAUUCACUGGUGAUUUUUCUUAUUCUUUCUGUAAUACUGACUUGAGUUUUCCUUCUGUCAGAGUUACCUCAGUUUUCUAUAAAGUGCUGGAAUAAAUUCUCAAAAAAUAUA